AUGGCUGUUAAGCUAGAUAUGAGCAAAGCCUAUGACAGGGUGGAGUGGAAUUUUUUGGAGGCGGUUAUGUACAAGAUGGGGUUUGCAAGGGACUGGGUAAAGCUGAUAAUGAUGUGUGUCAGAACUGCAAACUACUCUGUAUUGAUUAAUGGCAAUCUUGUGGGUAAAAUUUGGCCUACACGGGGGAUUCGGCAAGGGGAUCCCAUUUCCCCCUACCUAUUCCUCCUAUGUGCCGAAGCCCUGAGUUCUCAACUAAGAAGAGCAGAUGAUGAGGGUGUUUUAAUAGUAAAUUCGGGGGAUCCUGUGAAGGAAGAUUUGAUAUGGCAAAUUGGAAAUGGGAAUAAUGUUCGAAUUUGGAGAGACAAAUGGUUGCCAAUCCCGAGUACGUACAAGAUCCAAUCUCCUUCAGCUGUUUUGAACGAGGAGGCUAGGGUAAGUGAGUUACUAGAGCAAGACUUACAAUGGUGGAAUAUAAGCCUUCUCAAGCAGAUUUUUAAUGAGGAAGAGAUUCAGGAUGGUUUACGAAUUAAUGAAACAGAGAGAGAGGGUACCAAAGUAUGGAAACAACCUCUUGAGGGAUGGGUGAAAGUCAAUUGCAAUGCGGCAUUGGAUAUUACCAGAGGGUGCUUUGGAAUGGGCAUUGUCGUGCGAGACCACGAAGGGAAGGUGAGGGUAGCACAAUGCUUAUAUAGGAGGGGUACGGUAGUACCUGCAGUGGCUAAAGCAAUGGCUAGCUUCUAUGCGGUCAAACUCUGCAAGGAAAAGGGAUUUCAUAAAGUAUGCCUGGAGGGUGAUGCAAAAGUGGUGAAUUCCAAAACCCCCAACAAUAAUAGAGUGGGGCUGCUUAUAGUGGAUAUAAGGGCGGAGCUCCUUGCUUUAUCUCGAUGGCAGUGUUCACAUAUCUGCAGAGAGGCAAAUACCGCAGCACAUAUACUUGCAAAGGAUGAUCUCAAUUGUGCUAAGGAUAGGAUUUGGGAAGGAGUAAUCCCUGCAAGCAUCAAAUUAAUUAUAAACCAUGAGAUGGUGGCUUUACGUGGAUAG